UUCUUUAUUGAAGGUGAAUGGUUGGAUGAAGCUUUCACAGCCUGGCACGUGGAUUGGCAAGAUGCCUUGGUCAAUAUUAGCUUUGUCCAGGAUCCAUUCAACCCAAAAAAUAAGACUUUCAGUGACCUGAUCACUUUACUGAUCGUAAACUUGGAUAGAGGCGAAAACAGUAAGGUUUGGUUCAAUAACAAGCUAUGGAAUUCGCUGCCUAUCCUGACCAGUGCCUAUCACAACGCAAUUUUACGGGCGCAAAGCUUUGAAAAGCCAGAAACUGUUGGCCUUCUCACCUAUACACAUCCGAUGAACUAUUCCUUAUCAUCCUACGCCGGAAAUGUUCCCAUGUAA